UGUGGCUUUAGGGAUCAAUUGCAAAGUGAGUGAAACGGCUCCGGACUCAAAUGUAUUUUUGUUGCAGUAGAGUCCGCGUUAUCUCAACAACCAUUCCAGUGGGAUAAGACCAGUGGGUGGGACGGCUACGUGAAGUGGGUGGGUAUAUUGCCACGGAAAUGCGGGGAAGAAAACCCCACUUUACGAGCUUUACGCGCGGGGCGGGCCUUUCAUUCAUGCGCGUCGGGGGGUGUUUGCCACUCAGUCAAAGACAAUCAAGAGAUGUUUGAGUUUCCGUGCGCAGGGACCACGGAGCCAAAGCGCACAGCGGUUUCACCCCUCCUCCAGUUCCACCUCCGAUCCGCCCGGACUGCGACCUGCGCCGGCUUCUAACGCACACGGAGCCACGGUCCACCCGAGGAAUCUCUUUUCGGGUUUGAAAAGGGAAACGGAUCAUGCGAUUUAUUCCUGCCGGAAGGAAGAAGGAACAACUAGGACAGACCUGUUGACGAUGAUGGAUUACUCAAAGGCGCAAAUGUCGAGCUUAUCCGAGGCGGGCAGUUCAGUCGGGUGUCCACAGGCCAGUAAUGCUGGGGUUAAGCUGGAGGCGGUGAUGGAGCAGCUGCAGAGACAACAUGGGGCCAAACUGGAGAUGAACCUUCAAGAGAAGCAUCUUCUUCACGCCCAGCUCCUGCUUGCUCAACACGCUGCUGCAGCGAGGGCCUCUGACUCCUCAGUGGAUCAGACCUAUCAAGCAGACCACCAGUCUUUGAACGGCCGUAUCACCAGAAUGGAUCCAGAUGAGGAAGAUGAAGACUCUGAUGAGGAGGAGCCGGAAAUGGUAGAGACCGAGGAGAACGACGAGGUGGAAGAGGGGGUAGGGGAGGUAGGGGACGGGCCUCCUCAGCAAGUGAAGAAGCCUGGGUUCCAGCAGGUCGUAGGCUUCCCUUUGACUCCCUACUCCACAGCUCACUCGUCUGCUGUGAAGGAAAUGUCAGAAUCUCCGCCUUCAGCCAUAAAACAGGAGCAGGAGGAGAAGGCGCUUCUGUCUCCUGCAGGAAAACCCAACUUCACCUCCCCCAACGGCUCGGCUGAUUGGGGCUAUGAUGAGCCACUGAGACAAAGAGGGAAUGGCAUGUGGGCUGAGGAAAAUGAAGGCGGAAAAAUAAGAGGAGAACCAUCCAGGGACUUUGCCAAGCUAUAUGAACUGGAUAAUGACCCACAACGGAAGGAGUUCCUUGAUGACCUCUUUGUCUUCAUGCAGAUACGAGGAACUCCUGUGAACCGCAUCCCCAUCAUGGCAAAGCAGGUGCUGGACCUGUACAAGCUUUAUAAACUUGUGACAGAGAAGGGAGGCCUGGUGGAGGUGAUCAACAAGAAGAUUUGGAGGGAGAUCACCAAAGGUCUCAACCUCCCCACAUCCAUCACCAGCGCGGCCUUCACCCUCCGCACCCAGUACAUGAAGUAUCUUUACCCAUUUGAGUGCGAGAAGAAGGGUCUGAGUUCUCCAGGAGAGCUGCAGGCCGCCAUCGACAGCAACCGCAGAGAAGGUCGACGUCCCAGCUACACCAACAGUCUAUACCGCUACUCGCCCUCCCCCAGCUCCACUUCACUGGCCCUCCUCUCUUCCCCCACCAUGCAAACCCCCCCGACCGGACACAACGGCCUGAGUACGUGCGCCACCUCAAAUCUCAAGAGAAACACCGAUGAGCUGUCCACCCCUGUGUUGCCAAGCCGACCCCAUGGCCGGCAGCAGCAGCAUGCACAAGCUGUGUCGUUGGAGCAGUUCAGAGAGAGGCUGGAGAGAGGAGCUGGAGGAAGUGGAGGAGCUGGAGGAGCUCCUGGAGGUGCAGGAGCUGCUGCAGCCAACGGUCCAGAGAAGAAAAGGAUGCGGAUGGCGGAGGAGCAGCAGCGCCUCAUGCAGCAAGCCCUCCAACAAAACUUCCUGGCCUUGGCAUCUCAAUUCAACCCUAUGAACCACAAACUGAACAAUGGACACGAGAGCAAACAGGAUUUGUCUCUGAGUCUCUCCACUAAUGGAGCAGCAAGUAUCAGUGUGUCUGUGGAGGUCAAUGGCACCGUUUACUCAGGAAUGCUGUUUGCUCAAAAGUCAGCUGCUCCUAUAGGGUCACAGAACGUAACUAUGGCAGGAACGAAUGGUUUCAGUGCCAUGUCCUCCUCGCACAGUCCCUCCUCUUCAUCUUCGUCUUCCUCCUCAAAGGGACCACAUUAAGCCUCGCUGGUCUUUAAAUCUUUCUAAAUAACAAAUAAUACAUUUGCAAUAUGCAUACUUCUCUGGUCAGGCAUGAACUAUACUGCUUUUUACUUGUACACCUCUAGUUGUACUAGUUGACCUCCUGUUUCUUCACUCAAGCAGUGCAGUCUUUUUUCCAUUUUUACAAUUUAAUGUGCUUCAUAUUUGUCAAGGGGACAUGGCUGUUUGACCUGAAAGGCGUGCACAUUAAACAUAAUUUAAAUUCAGAUCAUAGUGACCUGUUAGAAGCUUUUCUGUAUUAUAAUGUGGCAUUCGUGUCUAAAGGGCGUUACAAGGUUUGUUCAGAAGUGUCUUUAAAGCCUUGUUGUCCAAUGCAUUUAUAGCUUAUUAUAAUAGUUGUAGCUGCCUUUUCCCAUGUAGAAAAGUGUGGUCACCAAAAGUGCAGCUUAAGAAGACCAAAAAAGCCUUCGCUCAAUGUCAUAGCUCCCUUCUGUAACAACGUUUCUGAAGCUGUUUUGUACCUUUUGUAACCUCAUAGUUUAUUUUUUUUCAUAGCAGCUUUCAGGGAUUAUCUAAAACAUUGAUUUUUUGCAGUUUGGUUGAAAUUGUGUAUGUACUGUAUUGUGUUUUCAUUUAACACUUAUUUAAUCAUUUGGCUUCGCCUCAAAAUUUCCAGAACCUUUUUUUUUUCAUGUCAGUUUUGAAUUAAAAAAGGCCAGAAAGUUGCUGGGAAUUUUAUGUAAGAUGAAGUAAUUCAACAUUUACCUGAAUUGACUUCUUAUGUUCCUAAGUAUCUGGAUUUAUUCUGGACCCAGGAAUGUACUCUGGACUUGUCCAUGUUAAACUAUAUCUCACUAUAUAUUUGCAUAAACAAAGAGAAUGUAUCCCUAUCGACCUCAAGAUUUUGACAAGUGAACACUGAAACAGUUCUACCUCAUUCCUCUAGAGAAAUAUGCAAUACUUAAAGCAGUGUGUGGUGGAUCAGCCAUCUGCUGGAAUAUACCCUAUGUGGACAAUCAAGUAGACCUAUCAAUCAUGCAGACACAUGUCACUGUGAACUUAAAAUCAGGAUUAUGUUAAACUCUGUUUUGGUCUUUGGUUAGAAAUUGUAUUUCUUGGACAUGUGCUCAUGAAGAAUAAAAUAAUAUUGUGUGCUGUAGAAAGACUUCUUUUUUAGCCUC